GUGUAAUUACAUGCCCGGGAUUGCGACAGUUUGGACUUUGGCAUUCGAAUACAAUUUUUGUAUGCUUAUUUGUUUUUAAGUGUCGUUAGCGUGUAGUGCGGUUGGUGGAGAGUGAAGUGAAUGUGUCAUUUUGAAACUAAAGGACAGUAAACGCUUCCUCGCCUCAAACUAGACUAUCCCGCGGACCGGGUAGCCGCUUCUGGAGAGACCGGAGGGAACAUGGCGUCCCCCGGAGCCCGGAGCUGCAGCCUCUCGGGCCUGCUCCCGGCUCAGACCUCGCUGGAAUACGCCCUGCUCGACGCCCUUACUCAGCAAGAGAAAGACAGCCUAGUCUACCAGUAUCUGCAGAAGGUGGACGGCUGGGAACAGGACUUAUCAGUGCCUGAGAUUCCGGAAGGAUUAGAAUGGCUGAACACAGAAGGACCUAUUUCUGUCUACAAGGAUCUGUGUGGAAAAGUGGUCGUCCUUGAUUUUUUCACCUACUGCUGCAUCAACUGUAUUCACCUAUUGCCUGAUCUGCACACGUUAGAACACACAUACUCGGAUAAAGAUGGUCUUCUGGUGGUUGGUGUUCACUCAGCUAAGUUUCCAAAUGAAAAAAGCCUGGACAACAUUAAGAGUGCUGUUCUACGCUAUAACAUCACCCACCCAGUGGUUAAUGAUGCGGAUGCCAGCCUUUGGCAAGAACUGGAAGUCUCCUGCUGGCCAACUGUGGUCAUACUUGGACCCCGUGGAAACAUGUUGUUUUCUUUGAUAGGAGAGGGACACAAAGACAAAUUAUUUUUGUAUACUUCAAUAGCUUUAAAGUAUUACAAAGAGAGGGGACAGAUCAGAGAUAAAAAAAUUGGAAUAAAACUCUAUAAAGACUCUUUGCCGCCUUCACCAUUGCUGUUUCCUGGCAAAGUAACAGUAGACCCUGUUACUGACAGAUUAGUAAUAGCAGACACUGGACAUCAUAGAAUUUUGGUUGUCUGGAAGAAUGGACAGAUUCAGUACAGCAUUGGAGGACCUAACCCUGGAAGAAAAGAUGGAUCAUUUUCAGAGUCAACUUUUAAUUCACCACAGGGUGUAGCCAUGAUGAAUAAUACAAUAUAUGUGGCAGAUACUGAAAACCACCUUAUAAGAAAGAUUGACCUGGAAGCUGAGAUCGUGAGCACUGUAGCUGGCAUUGGGAUUCAAGGUACAGAUAAAGAAGGUGGAGCCAGAGGAGAACAACAACCCAUCAGUUCCCCUUGGGAUGUGGUUUUUGGAACAUCAGCUUCAGAGGUUCAAAGAAGUGACAUUCUGUGGAUCGCCAUGGCAGGGACUCAUCAGAUAUGGGCUCUCCUAUUGGACUAUGGCAAACUACCAAAGAAAAAUGAGUUAAGAAAAGGAACCUGCCUUCGAUUUGCUGGAAGUGGGAAUGAAGAGAAUCGAAACAAUGCAUAUCCUCACAAGGCAGGUUUUGCCCAACCUUCAGGUCUUUCUCUGGCCUCUGAAGAACCCUGGAACUGCCUGUUUGUGGCAGAUAGUGAGAGCAGUACUGUGAGGACCGUCUCGCUGAAAGAUGGAGCCGUGAAGCACCUCGUAGGAGGAGAAAGAGACCCCAUGAAUUUAUUUGCUUUUGGUGAUACUGAUGGAGUAGGAAUCAAUGCAAAGCUUCAGCACCCACUUGGAGUGACUUGGGACAAGAAAAGAAAUUUACUUUAUGUGGCAGACUCAUACAAUCACAAGAUCAAAGUUGUGGAUCCAAAAACAAAACACUGUUUAACAUUGGCAGGAACAGGAGACGCAAGUAAUGUUAUCCAUUCCAGUUUUAGAGAGUCAACUUUUAAUGAACCAGGAGGCUUGUGUAUUGGAGAGAAUGGCCAGUUACUAUAUGUAGCAGACACAAAUAAUCAUCAAAUUAAGGUGAUGGAUUUAGAAACAGAAACAAUUUCUGUGCUCCCUGUCAUCAGAUCUGAAAAUGCUGUGGUGGAUGGCCCGUUCCUACGAGACAAGCAGAAGAUAUUACCCAGACUACCUAAAUCUGCUCCAAACGUCAGUCUUUGCCCAGUGACUGCAUCCCCAGGCCAGACUCUGCAGUUCAAGUUGAGAUUAGACCUCCCCUCAGGAACAAAGCUAACUGAAGGAGUUCCCAGUUGUUGGUUUCUAACAACCGAAGGCAAUGAAUGGCUUUCUCAAGGACAGAUAUCUUCUGGAGAAAUAGAGAGCAUUUUCAAUCAACCAACAAUCUCACUGCAGAUACCUGCUCACUGCUUGUCCCCGGAAGCCAUUAUAUCUGUCAGCGUGUUUCUUUAUUACUGUAGUGCAGACAGCAGUGCCUGUAUGAUGAAGGGGAUCUUGUUCAGUCAGCCUUUACAAAUAAUUGAUACACAGCAAGGCUGUACAGCUGCAGUGGAGCUCAGAUAUGCAUUUUAGCAAGCUAGCUGCCACCCAGCACCACAGCCGCUGGCCCCCAUCCUCACCAUCGCUGUCACUUACGAGAAGCUUUAUUUCUGCCUCUGCAAUACCAAGAUCCCCGGUGCUCAGUUCUAGCACGGAUAUUAAAACU